AUCAUUGCAUGAGCUGAAGCAACAUUUUGAUUCAAAGACUUGAAUAUUAUAGCAGAGGUGAAAUGGUCGUUGAAGAUUUGAACUAGCUAUAGUUGGUCAGUAUGUGGGUUUUUGCGCUGAGUAAGUUCAAACCAUUUUUAAGAGAAAUUUAGGUACAUCAUAAAAGUUCUUUUAAUGGAAUUGCUUCUUUAGCCCUCUUUUCACUGUCACAACAUUUAAGCAAAGAAAGGACCAAUUGUCUGCUGUAAGGAAGUUUAUGAUUGAUAUGAUGAUAUCAGAUUUUUUUGUUGAAACCGGAGACAACCACAUAUCACUAGUUUGAAGCUGAGACCUUGCUCAUUCGUACUAUAUUUCACAUUGCAUUCACUCUUUUACUUUACUACUAUUUCUCUUCCAUUUUUGUUGUCCAUUUACAUCUUACAGGUGCAAUUAAACUGAAUGGGGGAUACUUGGCAGAUGACAGUGGCAGUAGGAGCUGAUGAUGUUUGGCAUGAGAUUGUGUAAAGGUGGGGAAUUAUUGGAGAGAAUUCUAUCAAGAGGUGGUAGAUGCACUGAAGAAGAUGCUAGAACUAUAGUUGUACAAAUUUAAGUGUAGCUGCUUUUUCUCGUGUUCAAGGUGUUGUGCACUGUGAUCUAGAGACAGAGGAAACUCAUCAUGGAUGACAAUAUUCUUUUCUCAUUUACUUUUUUGUUGCAUCUAUUGCUUAUAUCUGGUAGAAUGACUUUGUGUCAUGCCCCAAAUUUCAGUUAUUCAAUGUGACUACUCGGCAGAAUUUUCCUUUUACCACUAAACAGGAUGCUGCUUCAGUAAAGAUUAUUGAUUUUGGUUUACUGGAUUAUGUAAGGCCAGAUAGUUUUGAAAAUGCAUUCACUGUUUUCUUUCAAUUACGAUUUGUUUGUCUAUAAUGGCAAAUGUUGUAAUGAUGUACAAAUCAAUCAGCAUCCUCUGUGUUUGUCUUGUUCUGGAUAAAAAUGUUCUUCAAAGAUCAACGUCUCAAUGACAUUGUUGGUAGUGCAUACCAUGUCGCACCUGAAGUUCUCCAUAGAUCUUACAGUCUCGAAGCUGACAUGUGGAGUAUUGUGGUUGUAAUCAAUUUAUUGUUGUGUGGAACCAAAUCAGGAAAUCUUCGUUCUGUGCUCAGUGCUAAUCCAAACUUUGAUUGUUCAUCCGAAGCUAAAGAUUUUGUGAAAAGGCCUCUGAACAAGGACCACAGGAAAAGAAUGACCGCUGCUCAAGUUUUAGAUCACCCAUUGUUGCAGCCUGCAAACUGACAACUGUGAUGUGCCAAGAACAAGGCUUAUCCUAGACUUGUUUGGCAUAGGGCUCGGUCAAAGCUUGACAGGGCUUAGUCCACUAAAGAACUGUAGUUGAUUAAGUCUGCAUUUUUUACGAGAGAGAGAGAGAGAGAGUUUUGUUAUCCAUUUAGUCGUAUUUGGCUUGAAUUUGGGUUAGUUGAUGGUUAAAUAAGUUUCUGGAUACCGA